AUGAAAUGCAAUUUAGCAGAUAUGGCAUACAACAGAUAUUAUUUUUAUUUUCUUCUACCUCUCGUUGCUCUAGUUUCUUCAUUGAUUACUAUUACAGAAGCUGUUGCUCUCACUCCAGAAAUAGCUUUGUUGAAUCGGAACAGUUUUCCACCUGGCUUCAUCUUUGGGACAGCAUCCUCAGCGUACCAGUAUGAAGGUGCAGCAAAUGAAGGUGGUAGAGGACCAAGUAUUUGGGAUACUUUCACUCAUAAAUAUCCAGAUAAGAUAAAGGACAGAGACAGUGGAGAUGUUGCCGUUGAUUCUUAUCAUCGCUACAAGGAAGAUGUUGGGAUUAUGAAGGAUAUGAAUUUGGAUGCCUACAGAUUUUCCAUAUCUUGGUCUAGAAUUCUUCCAAAUGGAAAGCUAAGUGGAGGUAUAAAUAAAGAAGGAAUUGACUAUUACAACAACCUUAUCAAUGAGCUAGUGGAAAAUGGUUUACAACCAUUUGUGACUCUUUUUCAUUGGGAUCUUCCUCAAUCUUUGGAAGAUGAAUAUGGUGGCUUUUUAAGUCCUCGCAUUGUGAAAGAUUUCCAGGACUAUGCAGAGCUUUGCUUCAAGGAAUUUGGAGAUAGAGUAAAAAAUUGGAUAACUUUGAAUGAGCCAUUGGCUUAUAGCGAACAAGGUUAUACAACAGGGGUAAUGGCACCAGGUCGAUGUUCUGCAUGGUUGAAUCCUAGUUGCAAUGGUGGUGAUUCUGGAAUAGAACCCUAUUUGGUCACCCAUUACCAACUUCUUGCUCAUGCAGCAGCUGUUAAUGUGUACAAGACCAAAUAUCAGAAAUUUCAAAAUGGUUUCAUAGGCAUAAUCUUGAAUUUUAUUUGGUCCCUGCCACUCUCGGAAAAUAAACUUGAUCAAAAGGCUACUGAACGAGCUAUUGACUUCACAUUUGGAUGGUUUAUGGAUCCAUUGACAAGAGGAGAAUAUCCAAAAAGCAUGCGUUCUUUGGUGAAAUCACGAUUACCAAAGUUUACAGAGAAACAAUGCAGAUUACUUAUUAAUUCAUUUGAUUUUAUUGGCUUAAACUACUACACUGCAAGAUAUGUCUCUGAUGCACCUGAAUUAAGAAAUGUCAAAAAUUACCUAACAGAUUCCCUUGCAAAUUUUUCUUUUGUGCGUGAUGGAAAGGCUAUUGGUCUAAAUGUUGCUUCAGAUUGGUUGUAUGUUUAUCCAAGAGGAUUUCGUGACCUUUUGUUAUACACUAAAGACAAAUACAACAAUCCUUUGAUUUAUAUUACUGAAAAUGGUAUAAAUGAGUAUGAUGAUCCAUCAUUACCACUUGAAGAAUCUCUCUUGGAUAUUUAUAGGAUUGAUUAUCAUUAUCGUCAUCUUUAUUAUCUUGAGGAAGCAAUUGGGAAUGGUGUAAAUGUAAAAGGGUAUUUUGUAUGGUCACUCUUAGACAAUUUUGAAUGGAACUCAGGCUACACUAUGCGAUUUGGAAUGAAUUUUAUAGAUUACAGAAAUGACUUGAAAAGAUACCCCAAACUUUCUGCUCUAUGGUUCAAGGAUUUUCUCAAAGCGGAAUUCAAACUUCAAGAUUCCAUGAAAUAG